GGGCAGGGGCCUGUAGGGGCUGCUGUAGGGGCAUGGGGCGCUGCUGGGGCCGCCCCCCUCGGCGGGCCCGGCGCGCCCCCGGCCCCUGCCCGCGGCGCCGCCCGCGGGGCCUGUAGGGGCGGCCGCAGCGCCCCGCGCCCUGGGGAGCGGCGGCGGCGGCGGCGGCGCGGGAUGAGGAGGAGCCGCGGCGGCCGGCGGCAGUGAAUGGGCGUCGCGGCGGAGCGGGCCGAGCCGCAGGCGCAGGCGGGGCCGGGGCCGCGAUGGCUCAGGAGAAAAUGGAGCUGGACCUGGAGCUGCCGCCGGGGAGCGCCGCGGCCCCGAGCGACGGGGGCGGCCUGAGGAGAUCCAACAGCGCCCCCCUCAUCCACGGGCUCAGUGACAACUCGCAGGUUUUUCAGCCUUAUGUGUUGCGAACUCGCAGGAACAGUACAACAGUUAUGAGCCGUCACAGUAUGUUGCUGUCAUCAUCUCCCAUUCGUAUUCCUAGUAGUCGACUUCAUCAGAUCAGAAGGGAAGAAGGAGUGGAUUUAAUGAACAGAGAAACAGCACACGAAAGGGAAGUGCAAACAGCAAUGCAGAUAAGCCAAUCAUGGGAGGAAAGCUUGAGCCUGAGCGACAAUGACUUGGACAAGUCUGAGAAAUCUUCCUCCCCAAAGAGAAUAGACUUCAUUCCAGUUUCGCCGGCACCUUCACCUACAAGAGGAAUAGGAAAGCAGUGUUUUUCACCAUCAUUGCAAAUGUUUGUGAGCAGUAAUGGAUUACCUCCAAGUCCUAUUCCCAGUCCAACAAGGCGAUUCUCCAAGAGGAGUCAAAGUCCAAUCAACUGUAUCAGGCCUAGUGUUCUUGGCCCCAUUAAAAGAAAAGGUGAAAUGGAAACUGAAAGUCAGCCAAAGAGACUUUUUCAAGGAACAACCAACAUGCUUUCUCCAGAUGUUACACAUCUGACAGAUCUCAGUUCAUGCCUGUCUUCAGACAUACUUGAUGGGAGUAGCAGCAGUGUUGGCUCUUCAUCUGAUUCACUGACUAAAGGCAGCAUAACCACAGAGUCUCCAGUAACGUGUUCAAAUUCAUGCUCUUCAUUCAUUUUGAUGGAUGAUCUCUCACCUAAGUGACUUAAUGAGUUCCGAGUCAGUGUUUGGCUGUGCUGUUCCCUUACUGUACACUUGUACAGAGAAAUGAACUCUGAUCCUUGAACCGUUAACAUGAGGAUUGUUACAUGGAAAAUUAGUGUAACUGUAAUCCUUGGCAACUUUCCAGUGAUUUUGAUUUAUCCAUUUAAUGGACAUUGUAGACCAUAUUAAUGUCUGGUUUUGCGGAUUUAUUUUUUAAACAAGAUGUCUGCUCAGAUUAUACUAACUUCUUGCUUUCAAGAACUUGCAUACACUUUUUGAUUCCAAGAUAGGUAUCUACCUAUUAGUGUUGCAAUUUUUAGGAAAAUACUUCUAUUAUUAUCGUGGUCACUAUGUCUAGGGAAAUAAUUUGGUUCGCAAGGAUUUGAAAAUACUAAUUUAUUGUCUGGCACUUCAACCAUUAAGUGAAACUAUUCCUGCUUUUUUUUUUUCUUUAGUCACUAGCCUCAAAUCCUUUUUGCAGAAGGGAGAAAACAAAUUUUUCUUAGUGCUGCUAGUCACUUUUGUUACAGGAGACCACAAUGGGUCUGGAAAUCUCACUCUAUUACAUUACAAAAAAAACCAAACAACUAAUGACUGCCACUUUUGCCGUUGGUGAAGAAAUAAUAUUCUACGAAUGAACAUGAUUGAAAUAGCUGCAUAGUUUUCUCCCCAGAUCCUUCGUCCUACGGACUAUAUGAAAAUACGGUCAAUAAUCAGCAACAUUUGGCCAAGGAAAAUUAAUCCAUGCCUCGAUCUAAGACAUACAGUGCAGAUAACUAAGUUAUUUAAACUACUGUGUAGGAGAACAUGUAUGGCACCAUCAAUGUCUCCUGUGGCAUUGAGGUCACAGGUAUUUUUGUGCCUUAGGGGACAUUGUUACAGAAUUAUGGAAUGUAAACCGGGGUGGGGGGGAGGGAAGUCCUUUGUGUACAGCUUGUUUAUAGAGUGCUUACCAGAUUCUGUCGUCAAUGCUGCUUUCCUUAGCGUUCCUUUCCAAGGUGUGUGCUCCGUUACAAGGUGCUGUGGGCAGUCCAACCACGCUGUGAGAUGGCAGCCUACAAAGUGACUUUUGAAGCUGCUAUAUACAGCGUUUAUGCCUUCGUAAUAAGCAGGGCAAAUGGCAGAGCGAACAUUCGAUUUGUAAGGAGAGACCUUAAAAUUUAGAUUGAAUAUAAGCUCUGCAAAUUUGUUUGGCUAAGGAGUUAUAUUUGGACUAUGACUAGUCUUGAUACAGUACUUUGGUCAGUCUGAGGAAAGACAAUAGAGAUUUUACUUUUAAAAGACUUUAACGGGGCAAAAUAAAUCCGUUUGUAAUCUACUGUGUUAUGCUAUUUAUUAUUUAUAACUAUGUAAAAAGUCUGUGGUGAUGAAUUAUAGUAUUUUUUUAUGAUUGAAUAAGUUUUUUAUGUUCGGUAAUUGCUGGCUGGUUUGUAUUUAAUACGCAACAUUGUCUGCCAGAAUCAUAAGCUUCCAUUUUUGAAUGUUUGUAACAUAAUUGCUUUUGUUAUCUGAAAGUACAACUUCUGAUCUUUUUGAAAGAAAAUAGCACUGAAUUUAAAGUAAGAUUAUGUGCUUUAAGAGUGAGCACAAUCUCUGGCAAUAUUGUCUGGCUAAAAAGGGGAGGGGGAGAACCAUAGUUUUUUCUGUUCUGAAGAAGCCAUUGAGUUUCCAGAAGACAUGUACAUACCAGAUUAUUUUCUAAAGUGUUUUCAUUAAAUUGUAAGAAGUACCAUAAUGGGCCAACAGUGGCACUAUCAUUUGUAUUAUCAUCUUCACCUGUGGAGCAUUAGUUCCCCACCUCAAAUAAAUGUGCAUAUUGUAAAAUAUUGUCCAUUGGUGCCAUUUUUAAACGAGCUCUACAGUAUUGAAUGUUAAUUUUAUUUGUAUAUGCACAGUGCUAUUUCUUGAACUUUUGAUGUCUUAAAUUGCUUAAUUAUUUUUUUAUUCAUGCUUGUAUCUUCUCUGCCUUUCUGAUGGUGAAAGAAGGCUGCUUUUACAUUUGUAAAAAUAUUGAUAAACAGUCUGUGAUAAAAUUCAAUCUGUUAUCUGUGCCCCGGUUUCAUUAUACUGUCCUUUUACUGGUUCUGUGAUCUACAAAUCUGAACAAGGGGUGGCAGAAGGGGCAAACCUAUUGCAUGCUUUCUUAAAACUGAGAAGAACAUAGCUAUCGCUUAUUUUUGGCUGGCUUACCUGUACAAUUGAUGUAUCCCAGAUUUGUUUGUUAGUGGAGAGUCUUAUAUAAGUGCUGCCCUUUGUAAACAUUAGAAUGUAAGCUUCAUAAAGCAAACGCACAAAUAAUGGCUCUUGUUACAGCAUUGUUUUAGUGUUCUGGCUAUUCUCCACUCUUCAGAAGGCGUUGCUCUUUUAUAAAAUAUAUGUAUAUAUAUAAUACACACAUGCUUUUUCUGUUGUUUCAGGAUUAAAUAUCUUUUUUUUGUAAUCGUAAUAGGUCCCAUCUAGGACCGUAUUUAACACUCACAACUGUAAUACCACUUGCUCAUUUUAAAACUAAACAGAUGAAGUCUUCUAAUACUCUAAUAGUUGAUAUUUGCACCUAACUGCAUGUGAGUUUCUGCUGCUUACAGAAUUGAUCUUUAUUGCAGUGUAAAGGCUAGUACAGCACAAUCUGACUAAAACUGAAAAGUUGCAUUUCUGGAUUUAUUAACUUAUUAACUGUCUUGUCUGUAACUAAUUAGAUAUCACUUUGGGGAAGAACACCAGCUGGUGCUGGUAGUCAGCUUUAACAGAUAACCACUGACACAGCACUGUUUUUUUUUGUUUUUUUGUUUUUUUUUUUCUUUUUAAUUCAUCAGACUUAGUUGCGCUGAAUUGCCAUAAUGAGUUAAACAGGAAUAUGAGAAUUCCUGUCUUUUUUCACCUUCUUUUUUUCUUUUUUGAAAUAAGUCAUUAAUGUGUAUGUACUGCUGAGAAUCACCAGUGAUGAUUCCUUCUAAUGUUGUAACUAUUGGAAAGAAAGUUAGGAUACUAGCAGAUAUCUGUGUCAUUCAAGCAGCAUUUUAGAUGGCAUAUUUUUGAUAUGUUAACUAGCACAGCAUUAUGAUGUUGGUGUUUGUACAGUUCAUUACAACUAGACUAGCACUGCCUUUA